CAUAAACUUUCUGCCAAGCCAAUUCUAAGGACCUUUUACACUUUGCUGUCGGAACGAUCUUUACCCAACUAACAUUUAGAACACGAUCACAUAGCGGCUAUUUUAACACUAGCACUGUUGGCGAAGUGUUACAUGUCGACUGGUCCAUUGCCCCCCUCCUCUGAUGGCAGACCACGCCCACUAUUACGUCAAGGUGUUCCAGGAGAAAAGAAGCCGCUACUAGAGAAAAUACUCACUUACUACGACCAACUGUUUCAGGGUGACGACCCCUCCGUGAGUAGACCCCAGUUCUGGGAGGAGUUCUUCCUGCUCAAGGUGAAUGUCGAGUACCUUAGCAACAGACUGGAUGGACUAGAGGCACAGCAACUCUUAAGCCUCAAGAAAGUGCUGAAUCAGCUGUUCAUACAAGCCUGUCGGACACUACAAGCAGACGACAACAUGAUCAGGAAUAUCAACGCAUUACAGACUCUGUGUGUUCUGCUCAACUGUGUGUUUCGGAGGAGAUUGUCAGAGAGCAGCUUUGAUGUCAUCGAUAUCGUCAUUGGCUUUGACUCAGCAGAGACUCAAAUGAGAAAUUUGGUUGAGAGUUUGAGCAAGUUCCUAGUGGAGGAAUACCCAGGCAGUCUCAAGAACCUCUCCCUGAGACUAUUGCUUAUCGUUGUCACGGCAACCCACAAUGUUAGUCAAAAUACUCUCCUGGAGUACCUAAUGAUGAAUAGCGUGUUCGAGGCAAUCAUGCAGGUCCUAAGCAGCCCUGUGUGGCGUGAAGCACAUGGCUAUGACGCUACAGUGGUACUCACUCUACUUGUUAACUAUCGGAAGUAUGAAGCAGCCAAUCCUUACGUCAUCAAGCUAUCUGUACUAGAUGAUGAGAUUGCCCUCAAUGGUCUCGGCUGUGUCAUAUCUACAGUCCUAUCAGAGUACAACAGGCAGUAUGUAUUAUCCCAAGACCCAGAGCCAGUGGGCAUAUUUGGAGCCAUCACCAGCUAUGUGAGCAACAUGUUGGUGCCGUCCGAGUUGCCACGACAACCACUCCAGAUCAGCGAGGGUGUCCUGCUCUCACUGUACGAGGCCGUCCAUCUCAACAGAAACUUCAUCACUGUACUCACACAUACACGAUCAGGGUCUCAACCCACUACACCUACACUACCAGCUCCUGCUGUACACAAGUCACUGCAAGUUCCCAGCUCCCCUGGUCUGGAGGCCUACUCCAACCAACCCACCAACCUACUAGGAACAUUCCUCACCUUCUCAUCUAUUGUACUACAGAACACUAAAGAUGAGGUCUCGGUGUGUCAUGGUCGACUGUGUCUUGUGAUACUCACAUGUAUUGCUGAGGAUCAGUAUGCCAAUGCCUUCCUUCAUGACCCCAACAUGACCUUUCCAGUCAUCCUGCACAAAGCUUCUCUGCUCCAUCGUAAAGUACGCAGGGAUAAGACAGUGGUCAGUGUUCCCCUGGCCUGCUCUCUCUUGGAUCUUGUGGUGGAGUUUGUCAUCAGUCAUCUCUCCAAGAACUUCAAGGAAGACCUCUACAAGAGGAGCCUUGGUUUGGUUCAUAGAGUGCUCUGUUAUCAGAAGCGAUGCAAGAUCAGACUAGCCUAUAACUGGAAGCAGCUCUGGAGAGCGCUAGUGAACAUCCUCAAGUUCUUUGUUGCCUCUGAAGAGGUACUGUUACCACGCUGUGAUGUGUUUGCUGUGUCUGAUGAGGUAGUGAGGAUAUUCAACCUAUUCAUCACAUAUGGAGACACAUUCCUACCCAACCCUACCACUUAUGAUGAACUCUAUUAUGAGCUGAUCAGAGUACACAAAGUCUUUGAUGAUCUGCACUCCAUAGUGCUACGUCAUGUGACUGACGGAGGUGCUCACAUGACCAGCGGACUGUUGGAGAGUGGGAAUAGAUUAUUGGGUAAUUUGGUGAAUGUCCGCUCCAUUGCUGCUCACUUCACUCCCAAGAUUGAUGCAUGGUCACUAUCACAUGACAUUGGCUCUAUAUCACCUGACCAGGUGUUGGAGGUGGUGAGGGCCAACUAUGACACACUCACACUCAAGCUUCAAGACAAUCUCGACUACUUUGACAAGUAUGCAGAGAAGGCCAGAGAGACAUCAUUCUUCACACAGCUGGUACGUUCUGUGGUGGAUGAUGUGAGGCAAAGCAUCACUGUGUCCAGUCUACAGCAAACCUCACUGCUCAAUGAACUCGCACUAACCUCCUAGCUAACCCUUUAUUAGUACUUGUGUACAUGCAUACACAACCUUUUAAUCAAUUUUACUGUCAUUGUUUGCACUUGUGGUUAAUUAAAUUUAUCAUUAUCAGA